CGGGGGCGGUUCUGGCGAGGCUCCUCAGCCGGGUUGAAGCGCACAGCUCGGUGGGCUGAGGGGCGGCGGCGGUCUGGGAGCCGGGGAAGUUCGGGCCACCGGUCGCAGUGCUGCGCUUCGAAGCCAGGCUCAAGCCCGGAGAAUCAGGGGGCGGCGGACCGACUUACCGACGCCCUCGGGCCCGCUGCCACCGUCUCGCGUCCUCUUCCCUGGAAAAGUGUUUAAACUUUAAAAAUGUCAUCCAUCAAGCACCUAGUUUAUGCAGUUAUUCGUUUCUUACGGGAACAAAGUCAGAUGGAUGCUUAUACUUCAGAUGAGCAAGAAAGUUUGGAAGUUGCAAUUCAGUGCUUGGAGACAGUUUUUAAAAUCAGCGCAGAAGAUACACAUCUAGCAGUUUCACAGCCUUUGACAGAAAUGUUCACAAAUUCCUUCUGUAAGAAUGACAUUCUGCCUCUCUCAAACUCAGUGCCUGAAGAUGUGGGAAAAGCUGACCAAUUAAAAGAUGAAGGCAAUAACCACAUGAAAGAAGAAAAUUAUGCUGCUGCAGUGGAUUGUUACACACAGGCGAUAGAACUGGAUCCAAAUAAUGCAGUUUAUUAUUGUAACAGGGCUGCUGCUCAGAGUAAAUUAGGUCACUACACAGAUGCAGUAAAGGAUUGUGAAAAAGCAAUAGCGAUUGAUUCAAAGUACAGCAAGGCCUAUGGGAGAAUGGGGCUGGCCCUCACUGCCAUGAAUAAAUUUGAAGAAGCAGUUACAAGUUAUCAGAAGGCAUUAGAUCUUGAUCCUGAAAAUGAUUCCUAUAAGUCAAAUCUGAAAAUAGCAGAACAGAAGUUAAGAGAGAUAGGAACUGGAUUGAGUUUUGACAUGGCCAGCUUAAUAAAUAAUCCAGCCUUCAUUAGUAUGGCAGCAAGUUUAAUGCAGAAUCCUCAAGUUCAACAGCUAAUGUCAGGAAUGAUGACAAAUGCUAUUGGGGGACCUGCUGCUGGAGUUGGGGGCCUAACUGACCUGUCUAGCCUCAUCCAAGCACUGAAGGGCAGGAAUCCAGAAGAUCUGGAUCCAAGAAAAACUUUUUCAGCAGACUUGAAUAGCUACUCGAGGAUAUAUAUGAAUGUCAAAUAUCAACUUAAAGUAGGUAUGAAUUUAGGGGACAGCAGUUUGCUCAGCAGAUACAGCAGCAGAAUCCUGAACUUAUAGAGCAACUUAGAAAUCACAUCCGGAGCAGGUCAUUCAGCAGCAGUACAGAAGAACAUUCCUGACUUGACCAGGGGCCCUAGCCCAGAAUGCAAAUGGCGAUGGCUCUGAAGUGUUUGCUGUAGAUAGUGGCCAAAACAAAAACAAACCUAAAAAAUAAAUCUGUCUAGACAAUAGGUUUAUCACAAACAGACUUGAACAUAACAUGAUUCCUUUGUAAAUGAGUGAUCAUCAGUAGCCUUGUUAAGUGCCAGUACAGCACUUAACUGGACAGGGUUCCAUUUUCAAACCUUCAUCAUAUUUGUAUACUAGAUUUAAUAGCAGAGUAUAUUUAUUGAACAGUAAGGCUGUUUACUGGUGAAUUCUCUAGCACCAAAUUCCUGUAGGCAAACUUCUUGAAAGUGGAGAUGACUAAGAGGAAAGGUUUCUCACGCUGAUUUAGGGGAAAUACACUUGCCACUGAGCAGCAUCUCUAGAGAGAAGAAAUUCGUUACUGGGUUUAGCUUUGAUAGUGCAAUCAGUAAUGAAUAGAUGAUAUGAUAUGGACCAGUACUACCUUUAAUGCUGCUUGUUCUGUUGGGUGAUGAAAACUUAAGAGUUGGUGGAAAGCAGUAUUCAGUGUUGUUUAGAAAAGCAAAAAAUAGAUGCUGUGAAUGUUUAGAAAGUGAAUGCAGGUUUUUUGCGUAGUUCUUAACUAAUCUUGCCUACAGUUUGGUAUUGAUAACAUUAGCAUGGCCACUUAUGCUAAGUACAUAAUAAAAUACAUUUAGAAACCCUUAAUGAUACUGGUUAGGUCAGUUGUGUAACUAUUCAGUUUAAUUAGCACAAUUUCCCCAGUGGUGACCUUACCCUGGAAACUCUCAAAUAUAUCUACAUUUAAAUAAACCAAUGGCUUGGCCCUUAAGGAUUUCCUAGGUGGCAUUUAAUUAUGUGCCUGUAAACACUGAUUUUUUAAAACUCAGUAAUUAUUUGAUGGGUUAUAAAAAGCAUCUAUCACUAUCACUGCUUGUUCAUGUUAAUCCUCUGCUAUAAUUUGGCUUGGCAUGUCGCUUUUAUGCUUAACCUUAAUUUGAUGUAGCUUAAACGUAACAGGGGUCUUGAAAUAUUUUAUUGAAAUUAGAAUACAUAUUAGUGGAGAGAUGUGGCACUAAGUAUUAGUGGAAUGGCUUUAACUAUAGUGAUGGAUGAGACUGUUCUAAUUCCAACUGGAAUUUCUUUGGUUUGUUAUUAUGAAAUUGGUAAGGUUGGCAGACACAUAAAUUUCACAAGUGAGAGAAAACUGAAAUAGUAAUAUAAAAUUAAAUCAGUAAUACCGAUGAUGAUCAGGGCUUUACUAUAACUGUUUUCCUCAAAAGGCUAAUUACUUGGUAUUUUGAAGUUUAAAAGCCAACUUUCCCUUUUUUCCCUUUGUGAGAUUAGAACAGUGGUUCUAUAAUUUCACUGUAAGAGUCAGCUGGGGAUUUGUUAAAAAUGCAGAUUCAGGGGCACACUUUUCAAUUUUUAUUUAGUAGGUCCUGUAAUGAGGUCUGGGAAUCACCAUUUCAAAUAGCACACCAAGUGGUUCUGAUGUAGGUCCAAAGGACUCUUAAUUUAAUGCAACACUAGGUUAGAAAUUUCUCUUUUAGGCCAGCAGACACCUAACUGCCUGGGUUCAGGCUACAGGGGAGAGCUACAUGAACCUACAGUUCUGGUCAGAGCAGAGCAGGACUUAAAUCUAAGCUAAGCCUUCUGAAUUAAGUCUCCUAUAUUGCAUCUAAAUCAACUUAAUUUUUCAUGAAGUUAAAUUCAGAUCCUGGUUUUCAAAUGUUACACAGAAUAAAUAAAGUACUAACUAAUCAUAGGAAAGUGAUGACUGUGAAAAAAAAAAGCAAAGUUGAUCCUUAAUUAAAAGUUAGUCACUCUUGGGAAUUCCCUGGAGGUCCAGUGGUUAAGGCUUGGUGCUUUCACUGCUGAGGGCCCAGGUUCAAAUCCCUGGUCAGGGUAUUAAGAUCCCACAAGCUGUGCGGCACGGCCAAAAAAACCCAAAAAAACACUCUUAUCCAGUGUUGAGUAAGAAAAGGUUCCUAGCAUAACUAUCUUGAGCAUAUUAAAAAUGCUUUCAAAUAAGUAAAACUGGUAAGCCUCUAACUGACUAGGAAAAUAGAGAAAAUAUGAAUCAACAGUAUCAGAAGUGAAAGAGGGGAUAUCACUGCUGACCCUGUAGACAUUAAAAAGAUUAUUAGAAAAUACUAUGACCAACUUUACAUCCAUGUAUUUAACAACUUAGAUGAAACAGACAAAUUCCUUGUAAGAUGCAAGCUACCAAAGCUCACUGAAGAAAUAAAGAUAUCCUCCAGAAAAGAAAGAUACAGGCCCAGUUUCAAUGGUGAAUUCUACCAAACACUUAAUACCAAUUCUACACAAUCUCCUCCAGAAAACAGAAGAGGAAACACUUCCCAACUCAUUUUAUUUCACCAUUACUUUGAUACCAAAAUUGAAGACAUUAUAAGAAAAAACAGUUUAAAACAAAUGUUUUGAUUUACUAAUAUCUGUAGUUAAGGUAGCCAUUCUUUUUACAUGAAGUAAUGCGAAUUGGUGUAUUUCUUCCAUUUCAUCCUUCUAGUUUGUUUGUUUUCUAAUAUACCAUUCAUAACAAAUUAAACCUAGAUAAUCUGUCCACUUACCUGGAUUUCCAUUCUAUUCAAGCCAUUUUUGCUUUUUAAGUACUUUCAUCACUUUGGAAUUACUGCAUUGCACGCUAUUGCAAGAAGGUUUUGUGUAGCUGUAUCGUGUUAGCUACUCUUAAAAUGAUAAACAAUGCUCCAAAAGUUAUUUUGCUUGUCUGAAACAAGAGAGCAUUAAAGUAAAUCUUUAUAUACAUUCUACUUAGGAAUAACUGACUUCCAUUAACCACUUUUCAUUAUAGUAGCUGUAGCUGUUAUGAUGCUAUGUAAAAUUUACAAUGUCCUUUUUAUGCAAAUGACAUUUCCACUUAAUGUACCAAAUUGUUUAGCUAAUUUUUAUGACAUGGUUUAAACAGAUCCUUUCUAAGAUGACAUUUUCUAACCUUUACUUAAAGAAGGAACAUUAUGUGUCUAGGUAUUGCUUAUAAAAGGAGUCUUUGUAAUUAAAAGUCAAAUUAUAUAGCAGAUUGCAAGUGACCAUUGUAUGUUACUUUAAAAAUUUGAAACAGAAUGAAACAGAAGGUUCAGUCAUGAGAAGAUGCUUGAAAAGUUAUCGCAGUACCCAGUGCAGUGGCUAUAAAGUCUUAUUUCAUCAUUUAAUCAAUUGUACUCAUUUUGGAGGAAACACAGACUUCAAUUUUAUACUGCUUGCACUUUAUUUUGCACAGACAUUUCAUUGAUUACCUCUCCAAUUUAAGGGCAAAUCUCAUUCUGAAUAUAGCUUUCAUUUUGGACCAAACAGUUUGUCAUGGCAAUAAAUAAUUAUGCAUUUAAGAAAAA